CGAUGGAGGCGGACAGCCAGGAGGAGCCCCGCGGGAUCCCGGCGGAGACGGCCCCCUGUCCUGCGGAGAGGCCGCCGGAGCCCGAGGCAGACCGGCAAGCCGCAGAGACGCACCCGGUGGAGCUGCCGCCCUGCCAUGGCGUGCCCGGGCCGUACCUGGGGGAGCUGCCGGCCGCCGAUCUGGAGCCGCCCCUGCCCUGCGUCCCGGAGGCGCCGAGGGAGCCGCCCGCCCGCGGCCAGUGUCUAAUGCACAACUGGCAGGAAGAGAGAGCCACCAAUGAUCUGGACCAUGUGCCGAGACCCGAGUAUGGCACCGAGGGCUUUUUCUACCGGCAUGGGCAUCCUGGCCUCCUUACCCUUGACUUCCUGGCCGGCAUCCCCACGACCACCACGAUGAAGGACUCCUAUCCUCGCCCCGUGAAAACGGGGCUCCCUGUGCGAGAAGAUGAGGAGGAGGAAGGAGAAACAGAAGACUCCAAUGAGAAUGAUGGGGAAGUUGGAGAAACAUUGUCAAGCGAUGAAGAAGAAACUUGGGAUGAUGAAGUCCAGGAAUCAACUAGUUCCAGUUUAGAACAUAUUCUGGAUGAUUUUUUUCUUCCUUUUGGAUCUUCUGAUGGGGAACUUAUCAUGAGACACUUACAGAAGAAACAUAAGCCAAGGAUUGGCUUCAGAUCCUCAAGAAAGAGUUCUUUAGUGAAAACAAUGCAACAAAAUGGAGGCAAAAAUUCAAAAUGCGACAUCUGUUCAACAACGAUCCAAGACCCAACUUACUUGAACCCUUGCAACCACCAGUUCUGCUUCAAAUGUAUUCAGAAGUGGUCCAGAAAGCAAGUUAUAUGUCCAUUGUGUAAGCAGCGUUUCUAUUCAUUCUGUCACACUAUACGCAGAAAAGAUGCCUUUUGCGAAUAUGUCCUGCCUUUGAAUGCUGGCUCUUUUUCUCCUUCUGAAAGCAAGGAAGACUGUGCAUCAGCCUCCUCUCAAAGACUUACAUCAAUUCCUGACAAUGGAAUCGUACAUAAUGAAAUUAGGGGAACAUUAACUCAAAGAGAGAAGGAUAUUUAUAAGCUCAUGAGACAGUUUGCAGUUACAGAGCGACCCAAUGAUAUUGACUUAAUCAGCCUUGGGAAAUUUAAAGCCCAAGCAGUAAUUCAGUUUAGGAGAACUCUUUACCAGGCAGGGAUUCUAGUUCAAAAUGCUCCAAAUCCAGAUUUCAAUCAAAUAUCUUCAGCAGAAUUUUUUGGCAGAAAUCCUCAAUGUUUGGACAGAGUGAUCCCUUGGCUAAAACGAGAAUUAAAAGUGCUGUUUGGUAACAAGAGAUCAACGAUUCAAACUUUUCAGAAUCUCAUCCUAAGUAACAUGAUUCAUCAUGAUCUGGACAGCAAAGAAUUUGAAACUAUUUUACAGCCCCACUUGCACCAUUUCACUGGUCAUUUCCUGCAUGAGUUCAUGAGUUUUGUUCAAUCCUCAUUAAAUCUGAAGAAGUAUGACUGGUGUGCCUUGUACGAAUGCCCUGCGAUAUGGAAAGAGACUGAUCAUUUAACUUCUUCUCCAUCUUCAGAAAAUGAACAUUUGCAACCCCCUGAAAAAAGUCAGGUGCCCAAACCUAAUGAUAGUUUAGAUUAUGGAAACCUAACAUUCUUGCUUCCUGGUUCAGAGAAAGCCCCCCCUUCCACAUUUGCUGCAGCGGAUAAUAAAAAUCAUUCAACGAUUGAAGAAAAUUAUAUGGAUUUGUCCAACAAAGAUACUGAAAAGGGGAUAGCUACAGCCUAUCGUAUUUUUAAAAGUAUACUGCUUAAGACAUCUUCAGAGGAAAAAGUACAGGUCCCUGAAUCUCUUUCUCACUCCCACCUAUUUCAAGGACAGAAAGAAAAAAGGGACAUAGUAGAAAUAGAUCCUGUUCAGAUUCUUAGGCCAACGGAUGUGGAAACAGCUAAGUCCACCAUGAGCUGUCUUUAUCACAUUGUUUUGGAAUGGACCUCCAAAGGGAUUCUUGGAGAACUUAGAGACUGGCCGUUUAUCAAGUCGGAUGAUGGGUUCAGCCGGCCCUUUUCUGAUCAUCGCAGCUUUUCACAAUGUCAGUCCUACUUGGAAGCCCUUCAAAGCCAGUAUUUCGGGCAAAACUGCAUUCUGGCUGACGAAAUGGGAUUGGGCAAAACCAUCCAAUCCAUCGCUUUCUUGGAGGAAGUAUAUAACAUGGGAAUCCGUGGGCCCUUCCUGGUCAUCGCCCCUCUGUCCACCAUCACCAACUGGGAGCGGGAAUUCAACACCUGGACCGAGAUGAACACCAUUGUGUACCAUGGGAGCUUAGCCUCCACAUUUGGUGGAGUUAAGCUGGUAGAAUCAUUCUUUGAUGAUAUCUUCUGA